AUGCAAGAAAUUCAACUCUUGACAGGAUCUCGUAAAGCUUGUCGCGUGUAUCAUACAUUGAAGGUUAAUCAAAAGGCUACUAAACCCGGGCAAAAGCAGCCCGCGUCAUUCGUCAGUGACUUGAUGGAUUUGCUCGAAAAGCCCACUCAUAGACGGGCUAUAGAUCAACAUGUGGAAAACAAGCUAACAAAGGUCAAGUAUAUUGAAGAUUUCGAAAGAAAUCAUUAUCAAAGAAUUUUGCGCGAAUUGACUUCUGUGUUGCAACCACUACAAAGAGCUAGCAAUCAAGAUCAUCCUAUAGCUCCUUGCCAAUUAUUACUGGGAUCCGAAGUUAAAGCAGUCAACCAAUAUAUACGGAAGUUGAAAAAGCAGUCAGACAUCGUUUUCGUCGCAGACUACUUACUUGCGCAUGGGCGAUUGAAUACAACCUUUCUCGCAUCUUUGGUAUUCAAGAUGAACCGGGCCACUUUGAAAAGUUUCAUCAGCACGACAAUUAGUGACAGCAGAUUUGCCUCGUUGAAUGAAUCAUUGCUCUGCAAAGCGUAUGUGAUAUUCUGUUAUCGAUUAAGACAGCUAGGAAUGAUGGCGUUGACGGAUCUCCUUAUAAAACAACAGCUUUCAUCACUGUGGCUGCCCUGCAUUCGUCGUAAACAAUUCACGAAUGCAAAAUACCUAAGAAAUCUUAUGUCGAUUUUGAUGGAAGUUUUAAAUGAGAAUGAGAUACUUUCCUUUGUGAUAUCCACCAAAAGUGUGCACAUGGCUUAUGUAUUGUGGGAACUGAAACCGGACAGAUACGAAGAGAUUAAAGAGGCAUUUGUUGUUAGUUCAAACCAUACUAGUUCAAACUGCAAUUUAUCAGCACAUCAGAAAUUGAUUCUUUAUCUGUUAUCAAAUUCGUGUGUUUAUCAGGACAAUCAGUUGCAAAUCAGGCUGAAUGAGCUUUCUCGACGGCAUCGACUUUCAUACGGUGAAUGCGUGUCUGAGAGCUCAUUUUUCGAAUCCCUAAAAUGUAUCAUCGCAUCCCAAAAUAUCGUGCAUUUCGAAUAA